UCACCUUGUGGCCACGAUCGAAUUAACAGAGACAACGAGUGUGUGUGUGUGUGUGUGUGUGUGUGUGUGUGUGUGUGUGAGUGUUUGUGUAUGCAAAAAAUAAAAUCGACAACAAUCGCGACGUAUUCGCAUUAUGUUACACACAUUGCGAUUGCAAAUAACGUUCAAUUUGAAUAAACUGCACCAAAAUGCCAUAACAUACCACACCUGAUCGAAAUUGCCAGUCUAUAAAUCUGCGGUGGACAUUAUCCAGUUGACAGCUAACAUGGUUUGCACAAACUCACAAAGCAAAAGAGUUUUAUCAAAUUGACACACCAAACAUCCUUUACCCUCCAGCGGCAAAUACUCACCUUGCUUGAUGUGUGAAGCCGAAAUUUGUGCGAGUGUUGGUGAUGUUUGCAUAAAGUAAAUGCAAACUGAGAAUGGGUAAGAAAGGAAAGACACGGAAUAGAAGAGUAACAGCGAUAGCGAUGUUGUUGUGACGGUGUGUGCAAGCAGAAAAAAAAGAAAAGCAUCAAAACGUAAACAACUCGCUAAAAACGUGUGUGCAUCAUCAUAUAAUAAAUAAUUUAAGCAAAAGUCUGUCUCGAUCUAUAUAACUGGAGUUGAUUAGCUGCUGUGCACACAUAAUCACACAAGUGCUCGUGGUCGACGUUCGCACGCGCAACACAAAACCCAACCGAUCUAAUCGACUUUCCCACCAUGUGCCACAACUUACAAUUAAUUCGGCUUAAAUAUCACAGCGAAAAUUAGCGUACUGGAGAUAGACACUUGCGACACAUUCACCAAAUUGGCAACAUUAGAACCAUACCAUUAUCCCGUCUCUCUCUCUCUCGCUCUCGGAUCCCAUCACCGUCGUUGUUAAGGCGCUAACACACACCACCGCCGAGUCUUAAUUGUCGCCGUUUUUUUUCUCUUCAUUUAUAAAUGAUACAAGCGCGCGCGACUUCUCUCGUUGUUUUUAUGUAAUAAUUAAUUGAUUGCCCGUAAAUCGUGCCGUUUUCUUCCUCUUUGUGCAUUUUUUGUGUGUGUGUUUAUCAUUAAAAAUUUUGUUUCAUUCGGUUUAUUUACCGAUCGAAUUCGGUUGUGUUCGGUCAACGAAAAAAAAAAUCUUUAGUUCGACACUUGAAAAAUCCUUUGGGUAACACAGUAUCAAAAGGUGAUUUGCUAACCAAAAAAAAAAAUCUAGUUCAUCACCAACAGUUUUUCUCUCGUUGGAAAAAUUUACCAUUAAAAUAGUUCGUCGAAUUGCCUCUUGUUCUCGACGUUAAACGCUCGAUAAAAAAGCAAUAAAAAAGGAAGAAAGAAAGAGCUUAGGUAGAUACGGUGUAAAGUAAUUGACACAUUUUUUUCCAUUUUGCAUUGAGAAUCCCAUAAAACGAUUUGUAAUUUUGUGCUGCUUUUUAUUCGUACAAAUUUCACUAUUUAUUGUUAAUCAUCCAUAUGCAAUGGUGAGAUAGAUAUUAAAACAGUUUUAUGACCGUGAACGAGAUCGCAAACCUUCUCCCGUAUCAAAAGGAAUUUGCCGAAUCGGGUGUUGGUGUGUGUGUGCGUUUUUUAUUCUAGUGUAAUAUUUACAAAUGAUUUGAGCGCGGAAUUUUUUUUUUGAUCUCUCACGCGGAUGUAAACGGGGUAAAUGGAAUCGAAAUAAAAAAAACACUAAAGUGAUGCUGAAAAGGACAAACCAGAAACAUUGAAGGUGUCGACACAGCACUCUUUUUUUUAUCCCAGUUUGUUUGUUUGUUCUCACUUGUUUGCACAUAAAACGGAAUAAAUUUUGAACACCCAAAUAUACUUUAAUUCGAGUAAUUCAAGCAGAUUUUUUUUCUUUCGUGUUUAUGUUUUUAUAAACUAUAAUUGAUACGCUAAUAAGUAAAUACUAACGACAACUUCUUUCGCAAGUGAAUUAAUUGUUUUGAAGACGAAAAAGAAAAAAUUGAUACGUAUUAUAUGCCACAGAAGACAUUGAUAUAAACUUGAAACGGUUUUGUUUUGUUUACUCUGCCUCAAUCUUGCAUGCUCUUAUAAGCGAGCGACAAGUGUAAAUUUUCGAUCAUAAUCAAUUCGCACUUGGAUCAACCAAAACAAAAACAAAACAACAAGAUGAGAUCGUCUCACAUCAGAAUCACUGUGGUUAUCCAAUUUUUUGUGUACAACUGGUUUGCGGUCGCUCUCAUCGAUGCAAAGCCAUUCACCCUGUAUUGGAAUAUUCCGUCGUUUAUGUGCCGACAGUUCAAAUUGCCACCGAUUAAUGUGACCGAAAAGUACGGCAUCGUGCAGAAUGAAGAUGACGCAUUUCGUGGAUCAGCAAUAUCGAUACUGUAUGAUCCGGGUAAAUUUCCGGCAUUAUUGGAAAAUUCGUCGUCAAGAGCAUUGGUGCAGAGAAACGGAGGUGUUCCACAGCAAGGAAAUCUAAAUGAACAUUUGCAAGUCUUUCAAAAGCAUGUAAACGAAUUGGUUCCCAAUUCAAACAACGAUGGACUGGCUAUCAUUGACUUUGAAUCAUGGCGACCGGUUUAUCGGCAAAAUUUCGGUACAUUACAACCAUACCGUGAUUUAUCGGAGCAAAUCGAACGAAAACGACAUCCGCUGAUGCCGAACAAACGUAUCGAAGCCGAAGCGACACGAAACUUUGAAAAAGCCGGGCGAACAUUUAUAGAAAGUUCUAUUGAUUUGGCGCGCAAAAUGCGACCACGCGCCAAAUGGGGCUACUAUGGUUUGCCGUACUGCUUCAAUAGCAAAGGCACAUCCAUCGAAGACUGUCCGCGUGAAGUUAAAGAGGAAAAUAACAGAACUCAAUGGAUUUACGAUGCAUCCGAUGUCAUUUACCCAUCUGUAUAUAUGACCGAGCAAAUCCUACCAAAUGAUCGAGCGAGAAUGGUACGUGGUCGCGUAAAGGAAUCAAUUCGAUUGGCAAGACGUUCGCGAAAUCCGCAGAAACCAAGAGUUAUCGCCUAUUUUCGAUAUGUAUUCACUGACACUAAAAAGUACUUAAAUCAGAAAGAUACUUAUGAAGCGCUCAACACAGUGAAGAGUAUUGGCGGCGAUGGUGUCGUACUGUGGGGCAGCUCGUUCGAUUUGAAUACCAAAUCAAAAUGUGUUCAAUUCUACGAUUAUUUGGAAAAUGUCCUUGGUCCAAUCGCACAAUCGUUCCAGCCGCGAUACUAUGUGGAUGGUGUAUAGGCCACCGUGCAAAAUUCUAAAAUUAGUUGCUUAAUUUAGAUUCUCACCAAGUACAAUUUGAUUUGGCACCAUUUCUAUUGUACAUUUUUACCACCUGAAUCUCGGUUCAUUCCCUUUUUUUUCUUGUUCAUCCCGAGCAUUCAAAAGCACAUCAACAUUUGAAAUUUAUUUAUUUUUCUAAUCUCACCGGAUAGAAAAAAAAAAUUUGCAUAGGCCAUAAGUUAGGUAUUAAUGUGAAACACGUACAAACCUCUGAAUUUCUCAUUUUGCACCGCAAAUGAUCAAACAUUUUCUUAAUUCAUUUCAUAGACAGGAUGGUUUUUAUUUUUGCAAGAAAAAAAUUACAGUUCUUCUGAUUGUGAUACGUUGAACAACAAUUAACAACAGAAAGAAAGUAAAUUAGCACGCAACAGGAAUUGACAUUUUCAUCUAAUUCGCCUAGUCUACGUUUAGAAAGAUGUCGAUGGUUUUUCUUAUAUAAUAAAUAUGAUAUUUGUGAUACAUCUCUUAUUUUUACUUAUGUAAAUAAAUACAUUUUAACAAUGGUCAAA